CUCUAUCAAACCGAUCGGUUGAAGAUUUAUCUGGUUUUGUGUUAACAUUAUAAUCAAGAAAUCGAAUGUGUACAAUUUUUUGUUAAUACUUUGUUUAAUUAGGCAGAUAAGAAUACAAAAUGCUCUCAAUUGAUUUUGGCCAGUAUAAAAGCCAAAUCCAUAACGGUAAUUGGUAUCAGAAACCAAAAGCUUAACAAUGAAGCAACACAUCAUUCUUGUAGCAGUGGUAGCUGUAGUCUUCGGACUAAUUGAAGGAGGUGUUUCAUUUCCGGCGGACCAACGAGAAGCAGACACACUUUGGCCAAUUCCACAAAUGAACGGCAGUUUUCGGUGGAUGACAGAAACUGAAGCAGCCAAAGAGGCUGAUGGCUCAGAAUUCGAUCAGACAUUUGACACCAUAAAGUUCUUCCUAUACACUGAGGCAAAUCCAACCGAACCAAUUGAAAUCAUCAAGGGUGAUCUAAAAUCGUUGGCACGUUCAACCUUCAACGCCAACAAUCCAACCAGGUAAGGUUUAAAAGGUGUGGUUUUUGUUCUUUUUCUGACUAAGACAAAUGUUGUUGAUUAAAACAGAUUCAUGAUUCAUGGCUGGAUGAGUGGCUACGGUGCAGGAUGGUCUAUUCGUGAGGCCCUUCUGCUGAACGGAACAAACAGGCAGUACAACUUCAUUUCAGUGGAUUGGAGUGUCUACGCCAGAUCAAAGUUCUACAUCUCUUCGCAAAGGAAAUGCUCCAAGGUGGGUAAGAUUGUCGCAGAAUUUAUCGAUUGGCUGCAUGACGAAACAAACCUGUCGUUCGAUUCGUUGGCCAUCUAUGGAAGUAGUUUGGGUGCACAUGUUGCAGGAUUCGCCGGAAAGAAUGUGAAGCGUGGAAAAGUCCAGACCAUCGUUGGUUUUGAUCCAGCAAUGCCACUUUUCCGAUAUGACCAGCGGGAAAAACGUUUAUGCUCUAGUGACGCUGUCUAUGUGGAAACAAUUCAGACCAAUGGAGGAUUCUUGGGGUUCUUUGAACCAAUUGGAAAGGCAGCUUUCUACCCGAACGGUGGAAAGUCACAACCAGGAUGUGAUGGUUAUUUCUUCUGUUCUCACGGACGAUCACUGGAGUACUUCGCCGAAGCACUUUUGCAGGAAAAGAACAAUAGGUUCUUUGCAGUGGAAUGCAGUGAUCUUGAGAGCAUGCAGAACGCAGCUUGUGGCGGAAGAAAAACCCGAGUCCGAUUAGGUGAUCCAAAUAAUGUCAAGAAAGCGAAGGGUAUUUACUACUUACCAACAAAUAGUCAACCACCGUAUUCAAUUAUCAAGACUCUUUAAUAUUUGUGAUAAGAAAAAGUAGGA